GCGUUUUAACUGCUCUCGAGGAAUUCGCACUGUGAUUCUCACAGGACGAGGUGCAAAACAGGUGCAACGAAAUCGAAUUUCCGGCUGAUUCCGAGCUGAUACGCUCGUGAUAUUUGUCGUUCGUGAGAAACGAACGCGGAGCGAUCGUCGAGAGAUUUUUUUCGGAAGAGUGACACGUGAAACGCUGUUAUUGCGGUAUUUGAGACGGAUUUGUCUGGUCAGGGAAAUGCUCUAGCCGAUAAAUCCCGCACACGAUACGAUGGAGUUUAUGCUGCUGUUCAAGUCCGUGCUGAGUGCUUGUCAGUGUCACACUCUAAUCACCGUGUCAUAAAAUGGGUGCAAACAUAUCCCAAUUGGAGAGAGAUAUUGGCUCUGAUCAGUUUCCACCUAAUGAGCAUUACUUUGGUUUAGUAAAUUUUGGCAAUACAUGUUAUAGCAAUUCAGUGCUGCAAGCUUUAUAUUUUUGUCGUCCCUUCAGAGAAAAAGUUUUAGAAUACAAAGCAAGAAACAAACGAACUAAAGAAACAUUGCUAACAUGUCUAGCAGACUUGUUCUACAGUAUUGCGACCCAAAAGAAAAAAGUAGGUUCCAUAGCACCAAAAAAAUUCAUUGCCAGGCUGAGGAAAGAGAAAGAGGAAUUUGACAACUACAUGCAACAAGAUGCACACGAGUUUCUGAACUUCCUUAUAAAUCACAUAAAUGAAAUUAUUCUGGCGGAGAGAAGUCAGAGCAAACCUGGUGGAGGAAAAUGCGGAGCAGGAGAUGCUGCUAGUUCACCACCUGAGCCUACGUGGGUUCAUGAGAUAUUUCAAGGGAUACUGACGUCGGAAACGCGCUGCCUUAACUGUGAGACUGUGUCUAGCAAAGAUGAGGAUUUCUUUGACUUACAAGUUGACGUAGAUCAAAACACAUCAAUCACACACUGCCUCAGAUGCUUUUCCAAUACAGAGACCUUGUGUAGCGACAACAAAUUCAAGUGUGAUCAUUGCAGCAGUUACCAGGAAGCUCAGAAACGAAUGAGAGUUAAGAAGUUACCUAUGAUUUUGGCGUUGCACUUGAAAAGAUUCAAAUAUGUGGAACAGUAUAAUCGUCACAUUAAAGUAUCUCACAGAGUGGUUUUUCCAUUGGAGCUCAGACUUUUCAAUACUAGUGAUGAUGCUGUAAAUCCAGAUCGUUUGUAUGAUUUGGUGGCAGUUGUGAUACAUUGCGGAAGUGGGCCUAAUCGAGGGCAUUACAUUUCUAUAGUUAAAAGUCACGGAUUCUGGUUACUUUUUGACGAUGAUAUGGUCGAUAAAAUUGAUGCGUCAACUAUAGAAGAUUUUUAUGGACUCACGUCGGAUAUUCAGAAGAGCUCCGAAACUGGUUAUAUUUUAUUCUAUCAAUCGCGAGAUUGUAGUUAAAGUUUAAUACAAAUAGUAGAUCAAAGUUAACUCCUUCUUCUACACUCGUACACUCAUUCAUAUUUCAACAAAGUGCGCAGUGUAAAUGUGAAGUUUCGAAUAUUCUAUUACGUCAGAUUAUUUAUGAGGGAAAAAUAUGAUAUAAAUGGUUUGAGUAUAUAUAUUUUUUUUAUUUCUAAAUUUAUACAUAUAAAUAAGUUUAGA